CUUGUACUUUGCUCAUCAAUCAACCCAUCGUAAACCUAUCAUCCAUCAAUCACCUUCUACGCGCGAUGAGUGCCAAGAGCUUAUACGACUUCACCAUUGACCCAGAGCGCAUUGCGCAACGCCCCCGUGCGUUUGGUAGCCAAAAGUUGCUGGUGUACCAUAAGCAGCGCGAUGAAAUCGAGCACACGACGUUCGAGUUGCUACCGCAGCUGCUUCAGCCAGGCGACCUGCUCGUGCUCAACGACACACAAGUCGUGCCUGCUCAGGUGCGCCUCGUAGAACCCAUUGUGGGCGACUGCACGUCUUUUCUGUUCCUGGACCCGCUUUGUGCCGUGACCAGCACGAUGGAAGUCCUUCUCAACACCCGCGUGGACGUGGGUAGUGUGCUUUCCCUCCCUGGGGGUCUGACAUUCCGCGUCGACGAACUUGUCGGCGGCGAUCCUGAAGUCCACCGCGGCAAUCUGUUUGGUCUGUCGGGGCCGUUGCAUGAAUACUUGGCCGGCAUUGGCGAAAUGCCGCUGCCGCCAUACGUCGCUCGUGUUCCCGACAAGGAAGACGAAAAGGCAUAUCAGACCUCCGUGGCCCAAGUUCCCGGCGCGAUCGCUGCCCCAACCGCCGGUUUGCAUUUCUACCCCGCGCUCCUCGACCGAUUGCACGAUGCUGGCAUUCACCACGUAUGUGUGACAUUGCACGUGGGAUACGGCACGUUCCGCAGCUUCUCGACUGAAUUCGUCGAGCACCAUCAGAUGGACCGCGAACGAUACCACGUCAGCGUCGCCGCCGGCGCGGCCAUCCACCAAGCCCUGCAAGAAAAACGCCGAGUCAUUGCAGUCGGCACCACGGCCACGCGGGUGCUGGAAACAUGCGCCGACUCGUUCCGCGCCCCCACACCGCCGGCCGACUUGUCGGGCGAGGCGGGAAUCUUCAUCUACCCGCCGUACGAGUUCAAGGUCCUGUCGGGGCUGUUUACCAACUUCCACUACCCCAAGACGUCGGUGCUCACCCUCACGGCGGCCAUGGUGGGCUCCCGCGACCUCUUGAUUGACCGCAUUUACAAGGAAGCCCUGGACCGAGAUUACCUCUGGUACUCGUACGGCGACGGCAUGCUCGUGUUGUAAGAAGCACGGACCCCCCCCCACAAGAGUGUUUUCACGGCCUUCCUGUCGGUUUGUGUGCCAAGCUCGAUCGAUAUUCCCGAGAAAUACACUGAAAGUGUAUAACAACGUCAAACGGUGGAUUUGUUUCCAAAACAUAAUGUCAAUGUUCUGGUACUUCGAAGUAGUACUGUUCAUGUUACCCAAA